AGAAGUCGAAAAGGGGGAAAUGACGGAUAUUGUUGUGUCGGUAGCUGCCAAAGUGGCAGAGUACCUGGUGGCUCCGGUCGGUCGUCGCUGCGGCUACGUGAUAUUCACCGACAGCUACGUUGGCCAACUUAGGGAAGAACUUGAGAAGCUCCAUGAAGUGAGAGUUGGGGUGCAGCGUUCCGUCAAUGAUGCUGAAAACAACAUGAUGGAUAUAAGACUCGAAGUUAACAGAUGGAAGAAUGAUGCAGAGAACUCUGCCGACGAGGCGCGCGGCGUGCUGAAUAACGAUAGAAGGGCCAAUAAAACUUGCUUCUGCGGGUGCCUUCCCAACCCGAAGGAGCGUUAUUGUCUCGGUAGGGACGCGAGGAAGACAGCCCAGGCCAUCCAGGCACUCAUUCCGCAGGGUAAUUUCGAGAGGGUCUACUACGAGAGGGCUCCACCGGGGCAUGUACCGAGUGCUUCCGACGUGAAUUUGUUGGCCGGUGAUGGGGGCGACACUAUCACUGAUUCGCGAGCUUCCAUCUUUCAGGACAUAUUGAAAGCUCUGGAUGAUGAGAAGCAAAAGUGAUUGGGGUCUACGGGCCUGGCGGUGUGGGGAAAACUACUCUGCUGGAGGAAGUCGAGAAGAAACUCAAGAAAGAGGGAAGACCGUUCCACAUGAUCGUCAAAGCGAAAGUAUCACAGACUCCGGACUUGAAUAAAAUCCAAGAUGAUAUUGCUUACUUCUUCGGUCUAAAACUGAAGGACGAGCCAAGUGAAGUAGGAAGAAGAGAUCUUCUGUGUAAGAGAUUACAGAAGGAUCCGAGUGAGAAGAUUCUCGUAAUAUUGGACGAUCUGUGGAAAGAGCUUGAUCUGAGGGAGGUCGGAAUUCCUUCGGGAGACGAGAGCAAGGGAUGCAAGUUGCUGCUAACAUCGAGAUUUAAAAAUGUUCUGGAGCAAAUGAAGCGCAACACCCCCAUAUUUCAUCUUGAAGGUUUAAAGGACAACGAAGCAUUCAGGCUAUUUGAAAAGACGGUCGGUGACAGGCUCAAAGACGAUGAGGAAUUGAAAGCAAUAGCGCCUAAGGUGGUCAAGAAGCUUGCAGGUUUGCCUCUUCUGAUUAUCUCGGUUGCGUGUAGCUUGAAAGAUAGGGAUGUGGACGCAUGGAGAAUUGCUUUGAAAAAAAUAGACCUGUCAAAAAUGGAAACUAUAGUGAAAUUGAGUUACGAUCAUUUGAAGAGUGAGGACACCAAGACCUUAUUCUUGCUUUGCGGUCUUAUUGGUGGGACCAUUCAAGUCGAAAUCCUGCUGGGUUUAGGCAUGGGUUUAGGCUUUUUUGAGGAAUUCGGGAGGACGAUACAAGAUUCAAGGGCUGGAUUGAAUGCUAUGCUCAAUGAACUCCGCUCCGUUUGUUUGUUGUUGGAUGGUGGCGAUGAAAAGAACAAUGUAACCAUACAUGAUCUUUACAGCGAGGUGGUCACCUCAACUCCAUUUGGAGGUCAGAAUUCCUUAAUGAUGAACAGCAAUUAUGGCUCAUGGCCAAAGGAAAAGCUUGAGAAAUGUAGGGCAAUAUGCCAAGUUAAUGUAGGUAGAGAUAGGCUCGAUAAACUAAUGAAGUGUCAGUUUGCCGACUUGAAGAUACUCAUGUUGUCUCAACCACCAAUCCGGUACUGGAUUCCAGAACACCUACGUGAUAUGGGAGAUCACUUGGGACUACUAGAUUUCACAUGCAUGAAGGAGCUUCGAGUCCUAUAUCUUUGCUCUAUGCGUAUCACCAGUUUACAUUCCUCAAUUAGAAUCCUUGGGAACCUCCUGUCUUUAUACUUAGAAAGUUGCAAUGUGGAGGAUGUGGCAAUUCUCGGUAAUCUCAAAGCAUUACAGAUUCUCAGCUUCGCAAGGUCCACAAUUUCGAGGCUGCCUAAAAAAAUCCAAGAACUAACGAAUUUGAGAUUGUUAAACCUAAGCUACUGCAAGCUUAAGAUUAUUAAGCCCGAUGUCCUAAAAUGCUUAAUCAACUUAGAAGAGUUACUUAUGAUGGAAAGCUUUAAUCAAUAGACGGGCAAAAAUGAAAAGCCAUUAGAAUUGCGUAAUGCUGGGCUUGCCGAGUUGAGAAGCAUGACAAAGCUAAAUUCUCUGGAAAUAUCGAUUCGUGAUCCCAUCGUACUCUUGGAGGUUGAUGACCUACCAUUUGAGAACUUGACUAGAUUUUGGAUCAACAUAGGAAAUAUUGACAGAAGGGAAUUUAAAGGUUUGAAAACCAUGAAGAUCAAAUUGGACGCACACGAUAGUAUUCUUUCAAAAACAUGGAUCCAAAAAACUCUCCAGAAAACUCAAUAUUUGUGUUUGGACGGAUUGGGAGAGUUCGAGAAAGCUCACAAGUUGUGCAUUCAAGGAUUUCCGGAAUUGAAGCAUCUCGACAUUCAGAACAGCCCAUCAAUGAAGUAUGUUGCCAGUUCGUCCAAUAGUGCUUUUACAAUUUUAGAGUCUUUGUUCCUUAACAAUCUUAUCAAUCUGGAGAAGAUAUGCCAUCACCACAUCACUGCAGAUUGCUUCAGCAAACUAAAAGAUGUGAUAGUCAAUAAUUGCAAUCGAUUGAAAUACUUGUGAUGUCUUUCACAAACGCAAAAUUUUGUACAGUUAGAAAAGAUUGAAGUAUGGAAUUGUGGCUCAGUGCGAGCCAUCGCAAGAAAAGACAUAGUCUCUACCAAUUACAGAGUUGAGUUGCCUUACCUACAUCAUUUGCAUUUGGUUGGCUUACCAAAUAUGACGACUUUUUGCACAAGAGCUGAGAUGACUUCAGAAGGUGCUCCAAUUCAGGCUAGGGCUGUGGAUGGAGGAGGAGGAGGAGAUGAAAGGACAGAGUCAGUAAUCACUACUUCAGAUUUACAGAAUACUUAUUCAGAUUCCUUCUUCGAUGGAAAGAUUAGUUUACCAAACUUGGAGCACUUAGGGCUUCACUCGGUGGGAUCCUUCAAAUGGAUAUGGCACGAUGAACUUUCCAGAAGUUCCUUUUGCAAAUUGGCCACCAUCACCAUUCAAAAUUGCUCUGACCUACUCCACAUCUUCCCUUCAACAAUCAUAGGGGGAUUGACUAGCCUGCAAAGUGUCAAGGUCUUUAAUUGUCCAUCCUUGAAAUCAUUGUUUGAUUUUGGGUCCCUAGAUUCAAAUACAGAACAAACCGUGGUAUUGCUCCUUAAAUUGGUAAGCAUCAACAUUGGAAGUUGUCCCUCCUUGGAAUCAUUGUUUAAUUGUGGGUCCCUUGAUUCAAAUGACAAAGUUGUAUUGCUCCCCAAAUUGGAGGAAGUAAGUGUGAGUGGAGCAAAAAGGCUGAGUUAUCUCUUUUCCAAAUAUACGGCCACAACUCUGGUGAAACUUCGGAAGCUAAAUAUUACUAAAUGCAAACAGAUGAAGCAAGUGAUUCUCGAGAAAGAAGCUAGUCGAUCAGAGGCAAAAGUGAUGAGUUUGUCUUGCUUAAGUGAAUUAACACUUAAGGAGCUUGAUAACCUAAUUAGUUUCGGUUCAGGAAGUUGUUCAUAUUAUUUUUCCUCCUUACAAGAUCUAAGAAUUGUGGGGUGCUGUAACUUUAGAGUGUUCAUCUCGAGUCCCACAAGUGUCAAGACGCAGCUAGGCGGGACAGCCAAAGAAAAUGAUAAAUCGCCACAACCGCUAUUCAAUGAGAUGGUUACAUUUCCUAAUAUAACAAGUUUGGAAAUUAAUGGUCUUCAGUGCAAAGAGUUAUGGAACAAUCAAAUUCCCAUUGAUUCCUUUCAGAAGUUGGAAUCUCUUGAAUUGAAUAACUGUGACAAUCUCCGACAUAUUGCCACUUCUUAUAUGUGGAAGAAACUGCAGCGCUGUCUCAAGAAACUAAAAGUAUUUUCAUGCCGUUCGAUCGAGAUCAUAUAUGACAGUGAUGGGACAGAUACAAAGAGUGGUGAAUUGAGGAGGCUAGCAUUGCGUGAUCUUGAAAACUUGAGGUGCAUUUGGCAAUCCAACAGUCUCCCAAACAUCCCAUUCCCAAAUUUGAUAGACAUAGAGGCCGUGAGGUGCCCCCGUUUGGAAAUGCUUUUCCCUACCUUCACUAGCAAAUCGAAGAGCUGGUGGUGGAGUCAUGUGAAGAUAUGGAACUAA